UACAGUUCCACGCAUGCGUUACAGGAAAUGAUACUCGUGGCUUGCUCGUUAAGAAAAUAAUGAUGGAUAACAUUUCUUGACAUUUAUUAUCGUACUGUAAAUAAGACUUGAAGAUGCACCCAGGAUUCCCAAUAGCAGCGGUUUUUCUAGGUUGCUGUAGCAACGUAGUCGUCUUGGAAUAUCUUGUCAGGGAGUUUCCAGGCAGUGGGAAUAUUGUCACAUUUUCUCAGUUUCUGUUUAUUGCAUUGGAAGGGUUUAUAUUUCAUGCUGAUUUUGGGCGAAGAAAGCCUGUUGUCCCUAUAAGACAUUAUGUUGUCAUGGUGACAAUUUUCUUUGUGGUACAAGUUGUGAAUAACCUAGUCUUAGGCUUCAACAUCUCCAUGCCAUUACACAUGAUUUUCCGUUCGGGAAGUCUUAUAGCAAAUUUAUUUUUAGGGGUUUUAAUUCUCAAAAAAAGCUAUAAAUUAUCCAAAUAUUUAUCAGUGAUUAUGAUCACAAUUGGUAUAGCUAUAUGUACAAUAGCUUCAGCCAAGAAAGUGAAAUCAGAGCACCUUGACGACGGCAGCGAUGGCAUGUACGACCUGUUCAUCUGGAUAAUUGGCAUCAGUGGGCUGACCUUUGCCCUCCUCAUGUCAGCCAGGAUGGGCAUUUACCAGGAAACCAUUUAUGCCAGGUUUGGAAAACACCCCAAGGAAGCUUUAUUCUAUAAUCAUGCGCUUCCUCUACCAGCAUUUCUUCUUCUUGGCAAAGAUAUAUAUAACCAUGCUGUGCUCUUCACAGGUUCUGAACCCAUAGAUGUUCCUUACCUGCCAGCUAUACCAAGGAUGUGGUUCUUCUUGGCUCUAAACGUACUAACACAGUAUAUAUGCAUCCGUGCGGUGUUCAUUCUGACUACGGAGUGCCAGUCCCUGACCGUCACCCUGGUCGUCACUCUGCGGAAGUUCACCAGUCUCCUCUUCUCUAUCAUGUACUUCAAAAACCCUUUCACAGUCUACCACUGGGUAGGGACAGUGCUGGUCUUCACUGGGACCAUGUUAUUUGUGGAUAUUUAUAAUAUUUUGAAGAGUCUGCUUGGAAAGACUAAAGCUGAGUAGUCGCCUAGUAGAGUAAUAGUACAGGCGUGCCCAUUGGUUGAAAAGACACUAAAGUCAGCCUAUCAGAUGAACUGAUACUGACUUGAUAUCAGGUUUUAGAUUUGGCAUCAUGUUUCGGUACUAUAAUUCACUUGUUUUAUAGUACACGUGUUACACACAGGAUUUUGGAAGACAUAUUAGUAAAGUUGGAGGUCUCUACCACAUAGAACCACACACAAGUAGAGAAGUUUGAUCCCACCUUGGAGUCUUUGAUGUGAUAAAUGAAUAGAUUUAUAAUAUUUAUAUUUUAGUAUUAUUUAUUUUAAGAUGAGGUGUCAUUAUGCUUAGAGUUAAUGGGGGUUACCAAUUGUAGGACCUUAAAGAAAUAAGACCAAAGACCACAGAAAAUCAGUGGAUUGGGUAGCAGUAUUAUAAACAAGCAAGAGUCACCUUUUACAGGACAUGGCUUUGGAGUGAUACACGGUGUCAUGGCAAUUAAAAUAACAUUACGUAGAUAAGGAAGAAAUAAAUUUGGUCAAUAACUGGGCAUGGCUUUAACUUCCCCCUUCCCCAGUUAAGUAUACUAGGUUGUUCAGCUUUAGGGAAUGUCUAUGCAAAAGGAAAAAUAUUACUGUACCGUAGGCCUCCUUGUAUUUUGUUGGUGAACAUUGGUGAAAGAAAUCCUUAUUAUGAAUUCUUAGAGAAUAUUAUCAUUCUUAUUUAUUAAGUUCCUUUGCUGGUGUUAUCAAUGUCUGUCAAAUCUUCUGUUAAAGUAUCACCAUAAGGUGGAAAUGGUGUCAGUGAUUUUUUGUUUAGAUCUGACUGAUAUCAGUGAUAUGUAUUAAGCUUUAAAAAAAAAGAAAAUGUUUGUUUUGUCAAGUGUUUUUCAAAGAAUUAAUGAUUGUUUAUCAAGUCUUUGAGGACAUUAGGUAAUGUUUGGUACAACUCGAGACUUUUUUUUUUUGGGGGGAGGGGGGUAAUUUCAAUCAGUAAUGUAUUUACUGUCAAACUGCUUGAAUUUUUAGUUGAGAUUUCUAGAUUUUGGAACAACAGUGGAUGGUCUUUAUUCAGCAGGAUCAUACUACACAGAGUAGUAAAGAGGGCAAUUGGAGAAAGGGAAAGGUACAAGGUUGAUCGCUCUCUGUUUGUAGAUUUUUUUUUAGAAGAUUAAGACCUUAGUCUUAAAAAAAAACUUUUGGAAGAAAUAUGCUUUUGGUUUGAAAGGGAAUGGAAAAUUCCAUGAUUCCUCAAUAAUUGAUGUGAAAUUGAAUUAUCUGCUUUCCUAAAUCCACACUAAUGUCGAAACUUGACUAUCAAUCUUUGCUGACACUUACCUCAAAUAAUCUUAUUGUUCAUGUAUAGAACGAAAAUCGGUUAUAUUUAUGAAAUUAUUUAUAGUCUCCUGCAGUAUUUUUAACCCUGUAUUAUUUUAAAAAUCAUUUAAGUGCUGUUUAAGGUCCAAUUUGCAAAAGUUGUACUUCAACUUUUUAAUAAUACAUUUAUCAUACAAUACAUAUUUAUUUGCAACUGUUAUAUGAUGUCAUCUUUUUUAUAAUAAAUAGUCCACUUACAAAAGUCAUGUACAUGCUUUUUCAACAGAAGGCUUGUGGCACAAGUAUUUUGUGUGGGUUAUCUUUGAUGCAUUGGAUUUCAGCUGCCCCUUAACUUUGAAAAGUUCAAAUUAAUGCCUAUUAGUGACCAUUAUGAAAUUGCGAUGUCAUGAUUGAAAGAAGGCUUAGACGACUCUUUAUGAAGUUCAGCAUAUUAAAGGAUUUUUGGCUAAGUAUUCGAUGGCGGUAUCUUAGUCACUGAACCAGAAAUAAACUUUAGUUUAUACAUUGACAUUUGGAGUUACACAUUGAAGUAGGUUUUUGUAUUGAUAAACGUUAAUAAAAUGUCCAUAAGAAUGAACUUU